ACACGCGUUUCCUUUUCCGGCGGGGGGCGGGGCUGCGGCGCCCGCGGAAAAAGCUGGCGGGAGUGUGCUAGCGGCGGCGACCGGAUGGCGGGCGUGGGGGACCUGGUUCUGCGGCCCUGGAUUCGCGAGCUGGUCCUGGGGUCAGAGACACUUUCUAGUCCGCGGGCGGGGCAACUGCUCGAGGUACUCCGGGAAGACGACGAGGCCCCGGGCCCAUCCCGCGCCCCGGAUGCGCCUUAUGUCGGGGCUGCGCUGCUUGUGUCCGACGGGACCCACAGUAUUCGAUGCCAGCUGACGCGAGAGGCCCUGAACACCUCGGCCUGGGAGAAGGAGUUCGGCUUCCGCAGGACGGAGGGCCGGCUGCUGCUGCUGCAAGACUGCGGGGUGUGCGUCCAGGUCACGGAGCAUGGCAUGGUGAGUGCUGAGGCUGGCUUGGCCCGGUGACUGGGGCUUGCCCUGCCUGACGACACCUGAGUCGCACCCCCCCUCCCCAACUCACCCCUGCAGCCCGCGGAGUUCUACCUCCAGGUGGAUCGCUUCAGCCUGCUGCCUAAUGAGCAGCCCCGGACCCAGGUGGCCAGUUGCAAUCAGGACCCGGAUGUGCAGAAGAAGCUCUAUGACUGCCUUGAGAAGCACCUGUCUGAGGCUACCUCCCCUGACCCAGGUCUGACACUGUCCCAGCUUCUGGAUGAGGUACAGGAGGACCAGGAGCAACGGGGGGCACUAGUGCGCCUGGCUGAGAGCUGCCUGAUGCUGGCAGGCCCUCAAAAGGCACCCCAACUCACCCGCUGGGCCACCUCAAGCUGCAGGGCCACGGGAGAAGCUGUGUACACUGUCCCUAGCCUGUGGUUGUACAUCCCCGACAAGGACCAGCAGAUCCUGAGCUCUCUGUGCCUAGGCCGUGACCUGCCCCCACCAGACCCUGCUCUGCACGACCUCUCUCUGGCCCUGCCUUCUCCCUCUUGCUCCUCAGGAACACCUUCCGAGCUCCCCGCCCACUCACAGUCCGAGGAGAGCAGUGGCAGCAUCAGCCUCCUGUCCGCCGAGCCCUUGACAUCUUCAGAGCCAGUGCAGAGGGACAGCGCUCAGACCUGGCCAGCAAGCCAUUCCACCCCUGUCUCCCACCCCAGGGGGGAACCCAGCUCGCCACUCCUGAGCUGCGCUCUUACAUUCAUGCCCCGUGGCCAGAGCCUUAAGCCACACCAGGCUCGAGGAACCAGGGCUCAGAAAUCUCCAUUGGAGUUCAAGGAGCUGGGGCUGCUCCCCCAGAAGCCAAAGACCAGCACCACUAAAGAGGCCCCAAACCCCAGCGCUAUGGGGGAUCCCCCAGAGAGGCACCGGGAUGGUUCUACUUUCCAGUAUAAGUAUGGGCCCCCCUGCACCACCCUCUGUGACCAGGUCCAAGCUGUCAGGCUCCCUCCAGAGCUCCUUGCCUGGGCUUUGCACCUUCUGAAGGAGCCGCCGCAGGAGUCGGAACUAACACAGGGGUGAGGCCUGCGUGCAACAAUCCUGCGCCGGGUGGAUAAGUAGUGCUCUCUGCACACAGCUUCCAUUGGGUUUUUUAAUAAAAUAAUCUCAUGCGCCAGGAGGGGAGGGGGUCAGGGCUUGGGCCCGCUGCCUCUUUGGUCUGUGGCUGAAGAGGGCAGGCUCGACCCCGGGCUGGAGGGCUCUGUGGGCUGUGGGGGUAGAGGCUCAGCUCCAGGGACAGGUCCUGCCAGGGCAGAUGAGAGCAAGGAAGAGUCAGGGUUGGGCUCGGCACACCUGCCCUUGCCCCACUCCCUCACCCCAACCUUUUGCACCCUGGCCCCCACCACCUACCUAGACUUGGCGAUGGGGGUGCCUCGAGCCUUGGCCUGCGCUUGAGGACAGGGGAACGCUGCAGCCGCAGGGGCCGCUCUGAGGGGCAGAGAGAGGCUGGUAGUUGUUAAGGGCUUGUCUGCCCAGCCCCAAGCUCGCUCUCGUGAGCAUGCACAUAAACCUGAGAAUUUCAGGACUGCCCACCCUGGGCCCUCCUUCCCUGGCAGAGGCUCUGAUGAAAGUGGGGUCAGGGCCAGGAGGAAGUGCUCCUAUCAAACCCUUGACCCCAGCCCUCUGUCUCCAGAUUCCUCGGCUUCCAUUCCCUCCCUCCCCCCAGACUCAGGCCCCCCGGAGGUGUCUCCUCUCACCAGCAGGGGCCUGGAGCUGGUCCUCAUGC